GCGCGGCGCGAUAUAAAUCACAAUAGAGAGCAUUAUCGUCGUGCUUUAGAACAAAUUCAUACAUCUAUAUUCUUGAACGAAGCUUCCAGGGAGUCUAUACUGGUAGUCUUAUUACUCAGCUUAAAUAUCAUCACUUUUUAAAGAGGUUGUACCUAUAUAAUGCCCCUGGACAAGGAGGAAGCCGAGGCACGCCUAAAGGCUCGAAGGCCAAUCCCGAAGCCGAAACCGGCCUAUCUCCCUGUAACUGGGUCGCCGUUAACGGUUGACAAGGACUUAUAUACUUCGAUCGCGACGGCACCGCGAACUACGAUCGAAGAGUUCGUGAUCCCUAUCAGAUCUGGGAGAGCGUGGAAGGCGCCUGCCGGGUCCAUCAUCCGGAUCAGCACCCCCGAGGGCCCGCAGGUCGGCGACCUGAAUAUCUGGAACGCGCACAACCCGCGCGAGCGGUUCUGGGCGGCGCGCACGAAGCAGCUGUACUCGUCGCACGUGUCGACGCACGACAAGCUGUGGUCGUGCCUGCCUUACAUGCGCCCGCUCGUGACCAUCGUCGACGACAGCCUGUCGUGGUACGGCGUCGACGAGCACGGCGGCCGCGUCCACGAUCUGCUGGGCACGCGCUGCGACGGGUACAUAUCCAGCGUGCUCGCCGGCAAGGGGUACGACUUCCACUGCCACUCCAACCUCACGCGGGCCGUCCUGCCCUUCGGCCUCAGCGAGAGCGACGUCCACGACGUCAUUAAUAUUUUCCAGGUCACCGGGCUCGACGAGCAGGGCCGUUACUUUAUGAACCCGUGUCCGGCGCAGAAGGGAGAUUACAUCGAGUUCCUGGCUGAGCAGGAUGUGUUAAUGGCUUUGAGCACGUGUCCGGGGGGCGACCUGUCGCUAUGGGGGUUCGGCGCUGAUAGCGAGAAGGAGAUGAUUAAGUGCUGUCGACCGCUCAAAGUCGAAGUCUUCAAGCUCGCGGAUGCAGACUUCCUGCAGAAAAGCGGGUGGAAGCCCGCCGAGCCAGCCCCAUACAAAGGACUGCAUGGCAUGCUCGUGCCUGAAGGAGAACACGAAGCGGCUAAGUGAAUCAUUGGAUGACAUCAAAGCUAGUACGCUAACUGACCAGCCACUAAAUACGUGAUACUUGUGCUGUACUUCCUGAUCUUGUAAAUU